UUGAGUGGUCAAAAGGGAUUGCGAUUUGCUACAAUGAAGAGGCUAACGCCGUGGAGCGAUGAGGAGGAUGAUUCCUCGUCGUCUUCGGGUUCAGAUUCAGAGGGCGCAGCAGCUGACAAGAAAUCAUCUAGACAAAAGAAAUCUAGAGGCAAGUCUGGAAAGCUCAAGAGUGGUGGUGCUGUGGACUUUGAAGCGUUGAGACAACAUGGGUAUAAAGGGGGGUUGUCAGUCCUGAGUGUGCCAGCACCAAAAGAUGACACGAAACCUGACUGGACUUGGUCUACUGGCAAAGAGCGUCGCGAAACCACGGAUGUUGGAGAAUCCUACCAAGAACGACAGAAAACAAGAUAUGCAUUGAGGGAUGGAGAGGCUUUGAUGAAUGUGCAAACUUCAAAAGAGAAGAAAAAUAUGUCAUUCCAGCAGAAAGAGAAGAGGAAACGAGAGCUUGGUCAGGCUAGUAGGGGGAAGAAUUAUGUUGAAGAAGAGAAGAGGUUGUUAAGGGAAAGCGGUGUCUACUCUGGUUUUGAUACGUGAUCACCGAUGCUCCUUGUUAUGCAAGGGACUUGAAAAUCCUGUUAAUUUAAGGACUUUCUUGUACCUAUAUGAUUGGUUUGUACCAUGCAAUUAGAUCUAGUGUGAUUUACCGUGUGUUUUUUGAUAGAUUUUUGUCUGACCGGAAAAUCAAAGUGGUAAAUUGUUAGCUGAUAUACUACAUUUUCUUGCCCCCAUCCAAGAUUUCCAUU